AUGUCUUGGUUUCAAGAUCUAGCAGGAAGGGCAGAAAAUAUUCUUACAAAAAUUGAUCAAAAUGCUGCCACCGUGCUACAAACGCGACCAGAAUCUGGUGAUGUGGAAGAUGUCUCGUUGCUGGAGGUCAGUGUGACAAACGAGGCAUCUUCAUUAAUUCCAACGAAGUCAAGACAUAUCCCAAAAGCAUCGGCGCUCAACAUAAAAUCGUCUAGAGGAAUGGUUCGUUCAGCAUCUAACUCAUCCUAUGAGAAAAACAAUGAAGUGGAAAUUGAAACACAAUCGUCAAAGUCCGAGAAGCAAAAUUUUUCCGCUACUUCAUCGAGACGCAGCUCCUUAAAUUCGAAAAAAGAUGGCACGGUUAUUGAUAUGCGAGGUGUAGAACAAACUCUAUCAAACCCCGAAAGUCAUGAUUUACCUACUGGAUUUGUUUCCAUCGAAAAGGAGCUGGAAGCUACUAAAAUAAUCCUGGCCGAAAUAAAGUCUGAACGUGAUGAAUUGAAAAGUGAACUUGAUAACACAAUUUCUCAGCUGAGCGACAACGAUACGGAACGAAAGCUAAUUGAGGUGGGUGAAUUGUGCCAAAAGUUAUCGGAGGAAAAGAAUAAUUUGGCCGUAAGGGUCCAAAACAUUGAAGAGGCAAAUGGCAAAUACGUUAAAUCGAUCUCUGAGUUGGAGUCUACGAUUGCUAAACACAUACAGAGCGAACAAGAGCUGAGUUCAAAGCUGGAAAUGGCAAAGAUGGAGACAGAAAAUGCUUGCAUGGAGCUUCAACAGUUUCGUGUUCGCGCCCAUGCAACAUUGCAGUUAAAAGAAAAAACGAUAGAACAGUUAAAAGAACAAAUCAACUGCGGUGUUGGCAUUGGCACAACAAAUACGGCUCUUGAAAAAAUAAGCAAUUCUGAGCAAAUUCUUCAGAUUGAAUUGGAACAAGUAAGACAGGAAAAAAACAAUCUUUUAGAAGAACUUGGAAAUUUCAAUGAAAGAAUGAAAUUUCGAGAAGCACAAUGGAUGAACUCAGAAGAAAAAUUGAGAGUUACUAUCCAAGGGCUUGAACAAUGUGUGGCACGCUUGCAGCAACAGAUAACAUUAGAAACGGAUAAACUAUCGCUGUUGGAGGACGAUUUCAAAAAUAAACAGAACGAAUUGGUGAUUGCUCGGGAGGAUUUAAUCAAGCAGCGGACGAGUUUCUCACUCCGAUUGCAUGAAAAGGAAUCAGAGAACAACAAACUUCGUAACAAAAUACAAACUGGUCCGGUUAGUCCUCUGAGUGAUCACGAAGAUCGUUUAGCAUCGUUGACCCAGUCUUUGGUUCAGAAACAAACCGCUCUUGAAACAGUCACUGCUGAGAGAAAUGCGCUUCGGAUACAGCUGGAAAAAUUAGAAAAUCAAUACCGGAGCACUGCAUCCCAAGUGAGGCAACAACGAGCAGUUUACCUGAGUAGCAAUGUGACAGACGAUGCCAAAUCACAGGUUCCCAAUUUUAUGCUAGAAACACCUUUCGACAACCAUGUUGCACGAAGGAUGAAGCGAGCUUAUUCGUCACUUGAUUCAAUCGGCAUUCGAUUGGGAGUAUUUCUGCGUCGUUACCCCCUGAUCCGUAUACUUGUGAUAGUUUAUGUAGCUCUACUUCACCUAUGGGUGAUGUUUGUGCUGUUAUCCUCUACACCUACAUAGCUUUAAUUAUAGAAAUCGUAUCGCAUCAGUUGUAUUAUAAAUUCAAAUAUGAAAA